AUGUCGCGAAUUCACCUUUCCAUCUUAGACGCCCAAGACCGCCUCAAAACGAUCAAACAGGCGCUUAAAAUCGGUCUCAAAGCUAUCCACUACGACGUGAUGGAUGGCCGCUUCGUAAGUCAGAAAACUUUACCGCUUGACGAACUAAUUCAACUGAUUAGCGCCAGUCCGAAGCACUACGUGGACGUGCACUUGAUGAGCAAACGUCCCGACCGCCAAAUUCGCAAAAUCGCUCCUUACGUUGACCAAAUUAGUUUUCACAUCGAAUCUUUGUCGGCGCGAAAAAUCGUCAAACUUUUAGUCAAGAACAAACACAUCAAACUUGGCAUUGCGCUCAAUCCGCGCACGCCGGUUGUCAGUCUCAGACCUUACCUAGGUCACUUACACCACGUAUUGAUCAUGUCGGUGCAAGCUGGGCAAGGGGGUCAGUCGUUUAUUUCGCAAACUUACGAAAAAAUUGGUCAACUCCAAAAACUCCUCCAGGCGAACGGACAAAAGUGUCUCAUUCAAGUCGACGGAGGUAUUAACGACGCGAACGGACCCAAGUUAGUUCAAGUCGGCGUUGAUCAAAUCGUGGUUGGAUCGUACCUCGUCCAUAAUUUGAAAAGAAACUUUGUCAACAAAGUGCUUGGCCAAGAGAAGAAGUAG